ACUACGCUGGAGCUACUCGACGACCACGCCCCCUUUGGUGACGCGCUCCCAGUCAGCUGCUGCUACAAAUACAUUAGAUGUUAUCCCAAAUGAGAGCACGCUUGGUUCCGGGUUUGACCAGAUUGCCCAGCUGUUUAACGUCGACGUCCAGCUCCACAGCGGCUAUUAGAGCGACGCCAGCCCGCUGCACACAUCAUCAACACCGGACCUGCAGCUCUCAGUCUGCAGGGGUCAAGGUGCUGUAUGAUGGACUUUGUCCCAUAUGUGUGACGGAGAUCAAGUUCCUCCAGUUUCUGCAGAGAAACCGGCCUGGGAAAGUCGAUUUUGUUGAUAUUUCCCUGCCAGGCUACGAUGGAGAGAAACACAAGGAUGUCAGCUACGAGAUGGCCAUGGAGGAAAUGCAUGUGAUCGAUGAGAAAGACAAGGUUCAUCGUGGGAUACCAGCUUUUGCAGUCAUGUACAGUGCAGUUGGCCUUGGCUGGCUGGGUUCCCUCAUGAUGUGGUCCCCUGUGAGACCCUUCAUGGACAAGUCCUAUGCUGUCUUUGCCAGGAAUCGCUUAAAGUGGACCGGGCGUGGGGAAGAAUGCACCAAAGGACGCUGUGAAAAGAAAACAAAUUGAUUUGUAAACACAGAAAAAAUAAAUUAUGUUGAAUUGUGUAAUAUGUUUAAGUUAAUUAAACAUGAAGAAGAACUGGAAAAAGACCACAUGGUUUGUCCUGUUAACACUCGAUUUAUUAUGAACCUCUUUGGAAAGGUUUAAAGGUUGUUCUUAACUGAAGGGAAAUAUUAGUAGCCUUAUUAAAUGUGUAUAUUUCGAAGCAAUCAUUUGAUGCAGAAUUUCUUUACUUGUGGGACCGUAAGUUUGAUUAAACAUACUUAAGUUAAAGUGAAGACUAACUAAAAGUUACCAAAAAAUAAAUUGACAGUAAUACAGAUGUUGAGGUCUUCCAGUCUACUGGAAAUGGCAAGGAUAUCAAAAAUGGAUAUU